AUGCCGGCGACGGCGGGGCGCGUCCGCAUGCCGGCGAACAACCGCGUGCACAGCAGCGCGGCGUUGCAGACGCACGGCAUCUGGCAGAGCGCCAUCGGCUACGACCCCUACGCUCCCGAGGACAACAAGCACCAGGCUCCCUCAUCCUCCGUCUCCACCGCUGCCGUUGCCGCCAACGAAACCACCGGCUCCUCCGUGAACGCCUACACCAGCUUACAGAGCCUCCUUGUUGUCGCCCGGCUCACCUCCAACGCCGACGACACCCGGGGCGCCUGCAAGAAGUGCGGUCGUGUUGGUCACCUCACCUUCCAGUGCCGCAACUUCCUGUCCCUGAAGACAAUCGGCAUAGAAGACGACAUCCUGCAGGCCAGCAAUGAGGCCGAGGCGCGGGCCAAGUUCGCCGAAGCCAAGAAUAAAGCCUCUGACGCUGACGAGGAGGGUUCUGACAAGGACGACGACAUUGACAGCGAUUCCUCAGAUUCGGAUACUGAUCCCAUGCUGGAGAAGAUCAUUGCUGAACGGGAGCGUGCCAAGAGUCGCAGGGGAAAGCAGUCCGAGGAGCUUGACAAGAAGACAAGCCGCCAUUGGAGCAGCAGCACCAAGGUAAAGAACAAGGAUGGGCGGAAGAAGCAUCAGAGCUCAGAUCAGGAUAGCGAGCGUGACUCUGACAGGAAGAGGGACAGGAAGAGUAGUAAGAGGCAGAGGACCCACCACAGGAAGGAUGGCGAGUCUGGAGAGGAAGGGAGGAGGCAUCGCCACCACCACAAGAGACGUCGUCACCGCAGGAAUGCACCUGAUGGUGACAGUGCUGCAGACCGAUCGCAAUAUACUGCAACAUGCUAA